GUCACAGUUGUCUUCUUCCGGCACCUCCCGGCGUAUGCAGUCUAUAUGUCAUACGUAUGUAAGAUCUGUGCAAAAAAAGAACAGUGUUCACUUUUCUGGCGGUGUGGACUUCAGCCACUUGAUACUAAAUGGCAUGUGCUCUAUGUAUUUCGGUGAUGUGCUGAGAAAGGUGCUUCGGAGCUGGUAACUGUAACGAAAUGUCGUCUGCUACGAACAUUAAUGUGUUUUUACCAUUGUGAAAUGCCAUACAUUUCAAUUGCAAUGUGUUUUAUGAACACAUCUGACAAUACCCAAGAAGUGCACAGUAUGUCUGUGCAGUAGCGAUCUGAGUAAGUCUUCUGGGGGGUGAACAUGACUGAAACGGUGCAAGAUGUUGCCAGCAUGCUGCACUCGGUGGUCAGCUGCGAAAAAGACGGUAUCCCCCUGCAACGCCUCGAACAAGAAUACCAGACCCUGGUUGGAGCCUCCAUUCCAUUUCGCAAUUUGGGUCACAGUACUCUGGAAGGUUUCAUCAGGAGCAUCUCUGAUGUUGUUGCCAUUGAAAAGUCUCCGGAUGGCCAAGUCAUCGUCCAUGCCGUCGUGAAGCCCUCGACGGCGCACGUUGCUCGACUGGUAGGGGAGCAGAAGACUGCAACAAGGCCUAGAACGGCUUUGCGUCCUAGCAGACACCCGAGGACUGGCCCUAGCAUUCGCUUUGCCUCUUGUCAGGCCAUAGUGAACAAUGGAGGGAUCCCUUCAAUGGUCCAUUCAAUGGUUCAGCCAACAGUCCCCAUGAAGCAAACGCUGCUUCAGCUGAACCCAUUGACUGCAGCUCGCAGGGCCAUGAGACCACGCACUGGGCUUGGCAUUCUUCCUCAGCUGAGAAAAGUGGGACAACAAGAGCUGAGGGGCCACAACGAAAUGCCUCCUGUACCCAACAACAGUCUAACGGGCAUAGACACCGCAGAGCCCGUUGCUCCCUCCUAUUGGAACCCUCCUCGCCACUAUCCAGUCUCGCCUGCACCAGUCACUCCACAAGUUGCGGAGGAGUACAAAGGAAAGAGUUACAGAGACCUGGUUGAAGAGUAUGCAGUCCAGUGUAACCAGCAACUAUCCUACAAUACUCUCUCGAGCAGAAGCAGCAAACGGGGUCCCCUCAUGUGGCUUUCCACCCUGAAGCUCAACAACCGCACCUUCAAUUCUUACCCCAUUGAGAAACCGACCAGGAUGGAGGCUGAAGAGGAGGCUGCUCGCAGGGCCGUUGAAGCUCUUAAAAUACAGGGAGGUAUCUCCGCUGAGUUGGCUGUGACCCCGGUUUCAACACUGCAGGAAGUACAGGCAUUUGUUGAAAGGAUCAAUGAGCUGGUGUCUGGUAAACCAAAUGGGCUGUGGAACACAGUGAUUCCGGAUGUGUACCGGGACGAGUACAGGGAGAGAAUUCCGGAAGGAUGGUUGGAUGUGGUGCGUCGAGCGAGUGCCAUUUGCAUCUCUGACUGGAAGGAGGGCAGGUGUAUCUUGUACCCGCAACCUGCAGGAAUAGGUGUAUCAUCUCAGGUAAGCGAUUUUAUUUCCAAUUUCUCUCUCUUGAAAUGGAAUUUGCAGGGUGAUGCCGCAAGCUCCGACAGCGAAACUGGUUCAGUCGUUUUCCCCGAACCUAUAGCCCUACCCGAAAGGGAUUAUUGGGACGUGUUUGUAACCUCGGCCCCGAGCACGGAUUUGGUGUCCUUCCGCCUUGUCGACUACUCAGAGCAGUACGAGGAGUUGGCGAAUGAAAUGGACCAAUAUUACUCUGAGGCCAUGCCAAUGGUGAUAGACCCGACAGAAGGCGGUUUGUAUGCCCUGCGUUCUGAAGACAGCUGGCUGAGGGUACAGCUGGUGGAACUGAUGGGCUCACAGGCUGAAUGCUACUUCGUAGACCAUGGUGACAUGGACGCCGUCGAUUCGUCCAAGCUCAGAGAGUUGGAGGGCAGGUUUCUCAACCUGCCAUUUCAGGCUGUGCAGUGUCAGCUGGAGGGCCUUGCAGAGUUUGCGGAAGAAAAGCUCGCCGCCCAACUCCUGGCCAAAAUGGUAUUUGGGAAGGUGUUGGUAGCCGAGGUGUGCAGCAGGGAGGACCCCAUAAGAGCUGUAUUGUACGACACGGCGACAGCAGAGGAUGUGAACCUCAACUCGACAAUACUGAAGGAAAUGCUGACCCCUCGAUUUCCUGGCUGUGGAGAGAUAGUGAAAGCUAACUUGUGUCACGUGACUCCCACGGGCGACCUGAGCGUUCGACUUGAAGGCCCCAGCACUCGCACCCUGUACCGUUACAUGGAGGCCCUUGGGAAGCACCUUGAGACAAAUCGACAGCCAGUAAAGAACCUUUCACUGCAGAAGAUAUAUGCCUGCAGAGACAGUGUCACAGGCAAAUUUGAAAGGGUAGUCGUGGUCUCCACCGGCGAUGAGAUAACUGGCAAGGUUCAAGUGCGCUUCGUAGAUUGUGGCAGGAGCGCGUUUAUUCUGCAAUCUGAGCUUAACGAGCUGGAUAGCUUUGAAGAACCUUUAAUACGUCUGCCUUACCAGGCCCUCGGGUGUCGCCUCAGUGGUGUGCUCGACGGUGAAUCUUGGAACGAGAAGGCCGCUGCACGCCUGCAGGAGCUGGCACCGCAGAACCUAGAGCUCCUCCUCAAGGUCACAGACAGCAGCAGCCAGACUGUUGAACUCUUCAAGAGAAUAGAACCCAAUAAUGAACUUGUUUCGAUCAAUGCCUCGCUGGCUGUGGCAUUCUCCAGACUGGAGGACAAGUUGGAGAAACAGACAAAGACAAGGAAGGUUCCCAGAAUGGCCUCCUUUGAAAGAAGAAUCAGCGACCCGGGACGGUCAAUGAGCACAAGCUGCUCAACUCCGAGUCCUCGGAAUUCUGUGACAACACCGGAAGCAACGGAUGAAGAAUCGAGUCGUCUGCCACCACUGCCGGCACCCGAGCUCCCUGGUGUUGGGCAGUACCUGGACAUCAAUGUGACAGUAGCUGCCAAUCCACUCAACUUUGUCUGUCAGCCCUGGAGUAACGGAGCUCUACUCAGUGAAUUGAUGACGGAUAUGCAGGCAUUCUACAAGAGUACGGAAGGAAGGAGUGCAUUUCCCGAGGGACUGCCCGACGAGUUGCUGAGAGAGGGCGAGUUCUACGCAGGCCACCACUCUGAUGACCUCUGGUACCGAGUACUGGUGCGCCAAGUGCAACACGAGCAGUUGGCAAGUGUGUACUUUGUCGACUACGGGGACUACGGCAUGCUGUCUUCGACCGAGCUGCAGCCCCUGUGGAGACGAUAUCGCAGGUUGCCAGUGCAAGCGGUGCACGCCCAGCUUUCGAAUGUUGCUCCUAUUGGUGGAGAUUGGAACCCCGUUGACUGCCUCAGCUUCCGAAACAUAGUUGAGAACAAACAGUUUGUCGCUGUCAUCACAUCAAAAGAGGUUGACAGUACAACUGGAAUUGCCGGCGCACAACGACUGCGGCUAAGGUUAAUUGACACUUCGACGGACGUCGACAUUCAGAUCGACCGGCUACUUGCAAAAAAGGGGGUAGUGAGGCUUGUUAUUGAAUGAUGCAACAUUUGUAAGGGGAAUUUGAGCAAGCUUUAAUGUGUUCCUAAACCAGAAGUGUGGGCUUAGUGGGUUUUUGUCGCAACUAGGUGUGCAAGUGUUUUAUUGAAACAUCUAAUACUCUUGUGUUUUUUUCGGUGAGUAAUUUUUUUCCCUAGACUAUUCACUGACUAUGUGGAUACGGGCGUGCAUGAAUCUUAAUAUUGUUCUAUGCCAUAACUUAUUUUAAUUAAACUUUGGUUUGUUGCUGUUCGUGUCGAACCUUGGUUGAAUGUGCACCCGAGUGGAGUUGAUGGUACCGGUAGCAAGAAUGUCAAGUGAGAUGGCCCAGUUUCCUUGCUAUUGAACCAGUUAUGUAAUGCUCACUGAUAGAAAUUACUUCAACCUGCUAAAAUAUUGUAGAGUGGCUCCUCUAGCCAGAGGGGUUGCUGCAGAGAUACAGCACAGCUGCUUAUUUUAUGUUCUGGAGACCGUAAGUGUGUUUAUAACCAAGUGUCAUUCCAACUCGAAAUAAAAUGUGAUUUGCAGUCA